CCUCUCUGAUGACAUGCGGCAUCUCUGUAGAAGAAGCCCAUCUACGUCUGACUGACGUCUUCUCAAGUUCUCAGAACUUCAGUCUUGGGGGGAACAAGUAGUAGGGUGUACGCUGUUGCUAUAAGACAUCGUUGGGAGGAGAUAAGACCGUGGUACUACAUACACGAUGACCUCCUGCUGUCCUUCCUGCUUGCCUUGGUUGCUGGUGGCCUCCUAUGCCGUGCUGCUGGGUGUAGGAGGAGUGGGAAUAUGGGUGUCAGCCAACAACUUUUGGGAGGAAGAACCUCUUCCACCGAUACCUCCCCAAGAAUCUGAGAUUACAACCACCACUACAACUACCACUCCAAACCCUUACCAGUAUAACAGAAGAGACAGAGAGAACUUUGCCCCAGACACAUAUAAAGAGUAUAUUUAUUCAAGGCAGGCAAUUUUGCAAGAGCCACAAGUGAUGCAAGGCUGUAUGUGGUACUGCCCUGUGCCGUCUCCAUGUUGGUGGCCUGGCUUGGUACUAUUAGCUGGCCUCUGUUCCAGGCGGCUUUUCCUCUUCUACUUUUAGCCUGUAUAGCACACUGUUGUUUGUGGAUAUUGACUCUUACUUGGCUUUAUUGUAUACCAGAAUGAAGUAGCUUGGUAUUCAGACUUGAAUCUAGAUUCUGUUUACUGGAUUGUGGGCUUCCAAACUGGACUGAUGCUUCUGUUAUCUGCUCAGAUUGUGCUUUGUGUGUGGGAGCUGCGACGAUCAAGAUCCGGCUGGCCCACCAUCAACCUUCACAAUUUGUUAACCGCAGAAGCAUUGUUUGUGACUGCCAGAUUGACUCUCACUGCAUACGUCAUACUGUUUCUGGCAGACUCACAAAUGAUCCGUGGAUAUAGCAGGAAAAAUGAGGAUCAUUAUGAUGACUUUGAUAAUAUGUCUCCAGCUAUCAGAUACCCUCUGGUUCUCACUCUUAUUUGCUUAAGUGCCGCUUGUUACAGUGCUGUGGCUACUUUAGAGACUGCACUGUCCAUGUUACUGGGGAAGCUGCACACUUGUAUGACAGGCAUCAGUACUCUGCUGUCAGCAGUUUGCUGCGUCACUGUUGCUAUCAUCACUUCUCCAGUCAUUGUAAGGGUAGUCAUCCAGCCACAGUACAUUUACCCAAAGACUAUGUACUUUGCUAUUGGUUUAAGUGUGGUGACAUUCCUACAUGUGAUUGCCUGCGUGGUCUUCCCAACUGCUUUAAGGUCACCACCAGAGAUAGUUGAUACAAUCUUGAACAGUGUGGUGUCAGCCAUAAAUUCUCUUGGUAGUUUUAGAAUAAGAGAACAGCUUUGGCACCCAGAACUUCCAGAGAAGAAAGAAAGAAUCAACUUUAUUUUCAACUUGACAUCAUCAAUUUUCACAUUGAUUUCGAUAAUCAUCAUCACCUCAGUUUGGGACUCUCCAAUGUACCGAGCCUGGGCAUCUGUCUUGGUGUUGUGUGUCAACUCUGCAAUCUUGUUACGAACUCUGCCACCUGUUGUGAUGCAGCUAAAAUUCAAGCAGGCUGAAAAUACUCCCAUGAAUCAGAAAUUGAUGAGCCUGAUUCUUGAAACUGUUCCUCUUCUGGUGGGAGCCAUUGCAAUGUGUGCCAGAUUGUAUUAUCCAGGAGAAAUUUUUGCUGGUGUGAUAAACAUUUUGUUCUCUGCCUUCCAGGCUUUCAUCAUUGUUCAUAUGCUGAAGAGUAAGAUUGAACUGAUAAAGUUUAAGGAAGGUGAGCGCUUGACAGACACGGAGGAAGUUGCCGGCCAAGACAUCACUGAUGAGGAGACUCCUCAUGACCUUUCAGCUUGAAGGAGAUUUAUACAUUGAUGGUUUUCAACACCCUGUGUAAUGCCAGGUCAGCCCUACUUAAUGGGGCUGUAGAUGCUAUGGUGCUUUUGUAGAGGGUCAGAUCUGGCAUUUUAUAUGGCUUUAUUACUCACCUGCUGCUUAUUUAUGAAUACUGGGUGUGCAAACAUUAUUCAGAAUAACUUCACAAUGAAGUAAUGGAGUUAUUCACCUGUGUUUGGUUAAUGCAUGAUAACUAGAACUUUAAUAAAAAAUAUAUCUACACUGUUUAGCUGCUGCAUUUAGAAAUAUUAUGUAAUAAAUCAUUAUGAAGAUCCUAAUAAGAAUAACAUGCAGAUCUGUAAGUCACCAUCCAGAUUUGCUGACAUAUCCUGCAUCUGUGAGGCAUAAUGUGUUAUGUUCCUGAGUCCCUGGUGAACACUGGAUUAGAGGAAACACUGCUGCUGUUGAUACUGAAGUUCCAGAUCUUAAAGUUUUGUAGUUGAAAGCUAGAGAGAUGAAAUUCAUACAGUUUUAAGCAGUUGUUCAAGAAUUACAUAGACCCUCUCUCUCUCUCUCUCUCUCUCUCUCUCUCUCUCUCUCUCUCUCUCUCUCUCUCUCUCUCUCUCUCUCUCUCUCUCUCUCUCUCUCUCUCUCUCUCUCUCUCUCUCUCUCUCUCUCUCUCUCUCUCUCUCUCUCUCUCUCUCUCUCUCUCUCUCUCUCUCUCUCUCUCUCUCUCUCUCUCUCUCUCUCUCGAUUGAUUGAUUGAUUGAUUGGUUGGUUGGUUUAAUAAAUUUGUACCAACACCCACUUGAAAGUGGACAAUUUAAAUUUCUUUGACACAAGUGGCUGUCUCCCACACUUGCAGGAUGACACCCAAGAAAAAUAAUCACUCCCCAAGUAAGGUUUUAAAAAUUUUAUUUUUGGAAUGUGCAUAAACAAAUAAACAUUAUACAGGA